GAGGCGGAGGAGGCGGAGGAGGAGGAGGAGGCGGAGGAGGAGGAGGAGGCAGAGGAGGAGGAGGAGGCGGAGGAGGAGGAGGAGGCGGAGGAGGAGGAGGAGGCGGAGGAGGAGGAGGCGGAGGAGGAGGAGGCGGAGGAGGAGGAGGAAGAGGAGGAAGAGGAGGAGGAAGAGGAGGAAGAGGAGGAGGAAGAGGAGGAAGAGGAGGAGGAAGAGGAGGAAGAGGAGGAGGAAGAGGAGGAAGAGGAGGAGGAAGAGGAGGAAGAGGAGGAGGAAGAGGAGGAAGAGGAGGAGGAAGAGGAGGAAGAGGAGGAGGAAGAGGAGGAAGAGGAGGAGGAAGAGGAGGAAGAGGAGGAGGAAGAGGAGGAAGAGGAGGAGGAAGAGGAGGAAGAGGAGGAGGAAGAGGAGGAAGAGGAGGAGGAAGAGGAGGAAGAGGAGGAGGAAGAGGAGGAAGAGGAGGAGGAAGAGGAGGAAGAGGAGGAGGAAGAGGAGGAAGAGGAGGAGGAAGAGGAGGAAGAGGAGGAGGAAGAGGAGGAAGAGGAGGAGGAAGAGGAGGAAGAGGAGGAGGAAGAGGAGGAAGAGGAGGAGGAAGAGGAGGAAGAGGAGGAGGAAGAGGAGGAAAGUUACAAAAGCCGACCCUCACACCGGCUUCUGCAUUCCAUUGAGGACAAGGGGCCGGCACCCAACGCCAACACUAAACCAGGAAACAGCACAGAACUGCCUUUGUAUUGCCUCUAUACAUAUGCGAAAGUAAGAAAUACUUGUUUUACCACAACUAAACCUGUCAAACACAAACGAAAGCAUAAGAGGAGAAAAAAAUCAAUGGGUGCAUCUUAUGGUUAUAGUGAUGGCUCUCGACUUAUGACGGGCAUAUGGUUGUCAUACUACGACUAUAUUCUCUAG